AAAGAGAACGAGGACAAAAAAGAGCUUGCGGAGGAUGAACAUGUCUAUUUAAAGGUAUCUGAGACUGCACGGGUCUGCUGUCUUGCUAUUCCUGACUGACAGCAUCAUCGGAGUCUGUCUCCCCCUUUUCUCUCAGUGCUCAUUGUAAGGUGUGAAGGCCUCCCAAACACAGACCAAGACUGGCUGCAUGUAUCACCCAGCAGAGCUGUACUCUGGCCGUAACACAUGGGACUCCUACCCAGCUGGAGGACCUAACAGAGGACAAUGGGCUCCUGUAAAUGGUCGCCCCUGGAGCCAUACAGAAAGAUGCCAAGGAGGGCGCAAUCAAUCACAUCAUCCACCAUCAAGUCGUCUUUAUAAUAGGGGGGAGAGAGCAGUCCACCAUGUCCAGGAUAAGGGUAUCUCGAAGGGGCAAAGACAGCCUCUACGUCUCUGGGAUGACAAAGAGCAGCCAUUUGAGGCCCAGAACUGGCACCACAACUCCACACGCUCAUUCCACAACAGAGCUGGCACCGACAGCGGUUAUCUAACAGGACCAGGAGACCGCUACCCAAACUGGGACAGCAAUGUCAGCAACUCUGUGCAUGGGGGUCCUCGCCUGCAUCGCAACAACAGAGACCUCCAGUCCCCACUGGAUAGAUGGGCCUCCUCAGACUGCCGCAGGAGCUUUCCAGACAGAAUGAUAAACAACAGACCAGGACCCUGGAAACGGCCUGCCCCCCACCAGCGGCGAGACCAACUGCACCAGCACAGUCCCCCUCCACAGCACCCUUUGUCCCCUAGGGAAGAGUGUCCAGACAAGAGGAGACGAGAAUCUGGCCCCAAUCAGUCAUCUCAUCCUGGAUCAAGGCAUCUACCUUUACUUGCCCAUGCACCAUCACCACCUCGCCACCACCGCUGCAGCCAAGACGACUGGAAGCCUCUAAAUGACAGGGCGGGUCACUGCCACCACUCUGACCACAGGACCUCAUCAACACAGCAACAGGAAACCUCUAAAUUGCGAGCUGGAGGACAUGGCUUUAGUAACAGUCACCUAGCGGCUCUAAACCAGAGUUGUGGCAGCAGACCACCACAUCAUGGAAGCAGGGGGAAGGUCGACCGGAAAAUCUUGUCUUCACCAGCAGACCACACCCGUGUGCCUUACAGCUACCACAACCAUCAUUACCACUACCAACGGCACACAGGCCACCCGAGAGCCGUACAGCACAACCCGCAGCUACACCCUCUUGAGGAAAAGGACUCACGGAGCCAUCAUCAUAAACAAAGCACAGAACCUCAGCGCACUCAUCAAAGGGGCAGUUCAAGGGAUCGAGCCCUCUCCAAGUCUUCUGGUGCAGACUCUCCUCCCUAUUCAUCCCUCCUCUGCAGCCCUAAAGAUGGAGGUUCUACUGCCAGCAGUCCACGAGCCCCUUCCAGUCCCUCUUUAUACACAGCAGCCAGUGGCAGAAAAGAUCCAUUAAUUAUUCAUCAGUGUAGCCCUGGCCUCAGUGGACAGCAGAAACUCCAGGGAAGCCCUAAUCACACCCUGAGACCUAGCCUGACAUCUACCACAUCUCUUUCAUCUCACACUGGCGCGAAAUCCAGGUUUUCAGAUGUCAAAUAUAGAAAGAGCUUGCAGCCUCUGUGCUCACGACAGUCCCCUCACAGCAGGUCGAGAGCGAACAAGCCUGAGAAGGAGUUGGACGAAUACAAAAAAUCUGAGAAGCUGGUGAAAAAGGAGAGGAAAGGUGAGGUUGAUAAGACAAACAGAAAGGGCGAAGAGAGAAAGAGACGGAAGAAAAAAGAGGAAAAGAGGUUGGCUGAGAGAAAAAAGAAGAGGGACAAAGCUGCAAAGAGGGAAAGAAAGCUACGUUUGAAAACUAAAAUGGCAGAAAUGGAAAUGUUUACUUCCAUCUCUACUUCCAACUCUUCAGGAGAGGCCAAAAUGAGUAAGGUGGAGACUACAACUCCAUCGCCAGAGAAUCAAGGCCAGUUACCUCCCAAACACAAGCACAGGGAGAGGAGUGAACGGACAGAGAGGACGCACAGGCCAUCCACAAAUACUCCUCAUCCUAGCUUCACUUUACAGCUUUCCUCAAAAUCUGAAAAUCACAAAAUACCCAAGAAGAACAGCGGUCCUCCAAUCCGCCCUAUCAGGAAACAACUAAUACAGUCUCUUCCCAGAAACACCAGCUCCAACCAGACCAGCAGGAGGCCCACCAUCCUGUCAUCCUCAUCAGAAGACCAACCAAAAGCAAAGCCCGAUGACACUCUCCCCUCGCUUUUAUUUAAAGCCUUAGCUCCUCUCACUACAGCAUGUUCUGUUAGCUUAGAGCAGCCCAUCCAUGGCAAAGACAGUGGGCAGGGAGGGGUCCUCAACGCUCCAGACCUACAGCCUGUGGGGAAUUUGAGGGAACUGGGAGACAACCUUGCCAAUACUCCUCCGGUCCUCAGCUGGCAGGGCUCUCCGGUUUCAACUCUGGGAGAGGACGAAGAGGAGCUGGAGAAGGGAGUGAUGAGCAGACCCGUCCUCCAGCCCAGCCCCACAGAGUGCUUCUCUCCUCCUCCUGUCGACAGUGAGAGCACCGAUGAUAUAAAUAAGGAGACUCGUGAAGGUACACCGGCUGAUCACUCCAACGAUGACAUGUCUGAAGCAGCUUGUGUAACAGAACAAGUUGCUGAGGAAGAAAAGGAAGAAGAUGUGGACAGCAGCGUGGAAACUUCUGGCUCUCUUCUCCGUGAGCUUCGCGACCAUAAAACAGGUUUGGAUGACGUCUUCAAGAGCCUAGCCAACUUUCUAGGCAGCCAGAGGGUCACGUGUCGAGGUGGGCCCUUCGGGGGGCCUCCUGCCAGCACCACCAGAGGAGUGAAGUACAUGUCUUCUCUCGAAUUAGGGCCGGACAUUCAAGAGCAACCGGAUUUCUCCCCCAAAUCAGACGAUACAGCAGCCUCCAAACCUGGUAAUCAGUCAUCAACUCACACUACCUCAGACGACACACUUUUGGAUUCCCACAGUCCGACACAUCCGAGGGAGCCUGUCGCUAACGUCCUGCUGCACGAGAAGCAGGAUGAGAUUGAGAAUGACAUGAAAGAGAAACAAGAGGGUAAAGGUCUGGAGAUCCUCACUGAAAGAUCAGAGUCGUCUCUUUUGGAUGGCUCGCUGAGUGCAAAGCUGAGACUGACCACGACACACGCAGCUUCUUUCACCAGCCUCAUCACUGUCUCUGCCAAGGAAGAGAGAGGACACAGAGAAGACACAGAACGCAUAGGUACAAACAGAAAGAGGAAACAGAAGACUGAGGAUGGAGGGAGAGAAGGAGAGAUCAAAAUUAAGAUAAAGACGGAAGAAAGCAGCAUCAUCUGUUCUAAAAACAAAGUAAAUGAAAUAAGGGAUUUGGAAGAAAGGGAUGUUUCCUCCUCACUGCUCGUCAUCUCCAGGAAGUCACCCAAACCUCUCAAAGAUAGUAUGAAGGGCCAGAUUCCUCAGGAAAAUCAAACCCAACAUGGCAUCCUUAAAGAAAAAGUGGACACAGGGAACACCAAGAAUAAAACAGAGAAGAAGGAAGCUGUCAAUGAGUCGGAACAUAAGACCUCCUCAGCAGCCACAAACACAAAUACUGAGACCUCAAACUCAGCGUCACCUGUAACAAUCAAUACAUCCAAAUGUGUGUCCACACCAGCAAGUAAACCUCCCUGCUCAUUAGCUCCAGUUGACCCACUGAAGCUGAAAGCAUUGUCCAUGGGCUUGUGUAAGGAGCUAAAGAUCCUGUUGAUUAAAGUGGAGAGUGCCGGAAGACAAACGUUCAACAUAUCAGAGGUGGAGGAACAAAGGAUCCCACUUUCCAGGAUCAGCAUUAAAAACACAGGCGCUGAAGUGGUCAGAGCUUGCAAGGGGACGAGAGUGAAGGGGAAAUUCAAGGAGUCCUUCCUGCUUCCUGCCUUCUCUGUUAAGCCGAACAUUUCCAGCGAGAUCCCCAUUCCUCGAGAAAAGCUGAACCCUCCUACACCGAGCAUCUAUUUGGAGAGCAAGAGGGACGCUUUCUCUCCAGUUCUGCUUCAGUUCUGCACUGAUCCCAAAAAUGCGGUUACUGUCAUCAGAGGCCUUGCUGGCUCCCUCCGCCUUAACCUGGGUCUGUUCUCCACCAAGUCUCUGGUGGAGGCCAAUGCGGAGCAUGCGGUGGAAGUGAGGACUCAGGUUCAGCAGCCGGCUGAUGAGAACUGGGAUCCCUGUGGUUCUGUGCAGACAUGGCCCUGCGAAAGCAGCCGCUCACACACCACCAUUGCCAAAUAUGCUCAGUACCAGGCCUCCAGCUUCCAGGAGAGCUUGCAGGAGGAGAAGGAGAGCGAGAAUGAAGAGGAUGGAGAGCGGGCUAAGUCAGACACACCAGCCACAAAAUCUGCUCUGAGAUUGGCCAACAGUAAAGGCAGUCCUGCCUCUGCUAACAUUAAAGCCAAUUCUGCGACCGCCUUCAGCAAAGCCCAAGCUGGUCUUACCAACAGCAUACCCAGCCCAGAGCAGAAAGCAACUGGAAAGAUCAUUAAAUUUGGGACCAAUAUUGAUCUCUCUGACCCUAAAAGGUGGAAGCCCCAGUUGCAGGAGCUGCUGAAGCUGCCAGCUUUCAUGCGUGUGGAAUCCAGCAACAACAUGCUCAGUCACGUCGGUCACACCAUCCUGGGCAUGAACAGCGUCCAGCUCUACAUGAAGGUGCCAGGCAGCCGCACGCCAGGUCAUCAAGAGAACAACAAUUUCUGCUCAGUCAACAUCAAUAUCGGGCCCGGAGACUGUGAGUGGUUCGCUGUCCAUGAGCACUACUGGGACGCUAUUAACAAAUUUUGUGAGAAGCAUGGAGUGGACUACCUGACAGGGUCCUGGUGGCCAGUCCUUGAAGACCUCUACAGCUCCAACAUUCCUGUGUACCGUUUCAUUCAGAGGCCUGGAGACCUGGUUUGGAUUAAUGCAGGGACUGUGCAUUGGGUCCAAGCAGUGGGUUGGUGCAACAACAUCGCCUGGAAUGUGGGACCACUCAACUCAUACCAAUAUCAACUGGCCCUGGAACGCUAUGAGUGGAAUGAGGUGAAGAAGGUUAAGUCAAUCGUUCCCAUGAUCCACGUUUCCUGGAAUGUGGCUCGCACCAUCAAGAUCACCGAUCAGGAUACCUACAAGAUGAUCAAACACUGCCUGAUGCAGUCCAUCAAGCACAUCCAGAUUCUGAGAGAGCAGCUGGUGGCUGCGGGGAAGAAGAUCUGUUACCAGAGUCGUGUGAAGGACGAGCCAGCCUACUACUGCAACGAGUGUGACCUGGAGGUGUUCGACCUGCUCUUUGUGACCAGUGAGAACAGCAGUAAGAAGAGUUACGUGGUGCACUGUGAGGACUGUGCGCGAGCUAAAAGCCCAUCUCUGGCGGGAGUAGUGGUGCUGGAACAGUAUCGGGUAGAGGAGCUGAUGAGAACCUACGACAGCUUCAUGCUGGCUCCAUCACCCUUUUCAAAGUGAGGACUGCUCCCUGGUGUCUUUCAGCCAUAAACCAAAACUCUAAUGGCAGCACAACUGUUGUCUUCAAGGCAAUCUAUUCCUGUAAACACUCUCUGAAUCAGCCAAACACGUUUACUCAGUAUUGUUUACAUCACACAAUAAGGUAUGGAUACUCCAAGCCAAUCCAACUAUAGCUCACCGUCUUCCCCAUACCAGCUGCUGAUUGGACGUGUGUUUUGAAAUAGAAUGACUAGACUGGUACUACUCAUGAAAAGCAUUUCAGAUAUGUUCUCAAAAAAAUUUGAGCACUGCUAGCACUGAAAAUCAGGUUAUAUGUUCAUCGGACACUGCUGUGAUACAAAAGCGUCAAGUAGCCAGUUCUGUGUAUAAAUUCAGGUACUUUUAUGCAAAUUCAGUAGAACUUUUUUACACCAAUCUAGUUAUUCUAUAUGUCCAUGAAUUUGCUGUGAUUCUGUUGUACCAGCAGGGGAAGCACUUCACAGGAGAAGUAGCUGAUUGUCACAUAUGGCAUCGUAUUGGUUCCUGUUUUUGUUUGGUAUUCAGGUAAACUCUGACACUUGUAAUUCCUGUCUGUAUACUCUCUGAGGUGCUAUUCCAACCUAAUUUAUUCUAGUUAGAAACUUAAAUGUUUUACCAGCCUAGAAGUACACCACAUUGGCCUUGCAAACUGUAUUUAGAGGAGAGGUAAUUAGUGGAUUAAACACACAAAUUUAUGUACGUAUUAAAAAAAAAAAAAAAUGAAUGAAAAACUUUUCUCAGUUUCUCUAAAAUACGGGUUAACUGGAGGACUAAUAUGGUUUCAUUCUUAGUUGGAAAUCUAGUACGUAGAUGGAAAAUUAGAUUCUUGUUUUUUCACAAGUCCAGCUAAAUAGUCGUCUGUGUGGUUUCUAUGAUACAACCACAAAACAGACAUGGUGUCGUCUUUAUUUUUGGAAUGGGAAAACAAUCCCAGUUUUAUACCUCUUUUGUUGCAAUGUUCCUGUUUUUAGAUGACAGAAAAAAUAAAUAAUUGUAAAUUGUGAAUGAAUUUAUGGAAUACGCAGUGGUGUGCAUAGACGGGGUACAGAGGGGGGAGGGAGUCACAGCUGACGAUGGUGUCAAUAAAGUGCCCAUUACAGUCUGAAAAAAGUAAUAUGUCCAAAGAGACACACAAUCAUAUUCUUAUAAUGCAAAAAGCCAAUGAGGCCAAAUAAAUGAGCAGACUGAAUGGCACCUUGUUGUUUUAAUUUUGCCCCAAACAUCCGUCCUAACGAGGCUCCAUGCACUGCCAGGGGCUUAGAUGACUGUAUUUCUAGUUCCACAUGUUGAAGAGCACAUGAAUGGAGACAUGACAAGUGCAGCCCAAUCAUUGUGUUUUUCCCCGUACAUUUAACAGUCCUUAACACAUAACUAAAUGACAUAAAGUGUCUCAUUUUGUUGAGGGUGCAUAACCCUCGGCUUCAUUUCAUUUCAUUAUCACUUACUGCACUGGACACUGUAUGUUAGGCCUGUUUCCUUUAUUUUCAUUUUUGAGGCCUAUUUUAUUUGAAUAGAGGUUCAUACAGAAGCCCUGGGAGGUGAGAUAGAAAAAAAAUCAAAUAAUACAUUUUAUAAGUCUGAUUUCUAAGUCUGAUCUGAAUUGUUUUCUGUGUUUAUGACUUAAGAACAGAAGAGAAAGGGUCUGAUAAUCUUUUUUUAAUAUGUCUUUAAUCUGUGAAACAGUUGGAAAAAAAGGUUUUGCCAGAUGAUUUUGUUCUCAUUGUUGCAGGAUUAUUUUUGUCAAGUGUUUGUUGUUUUAAUACUCAUUUCGGCCACAAGAAGCUUAAGUGUGCCUCUGCCUCAUGUUCUAAAUAGGACUAAAAGCAUCCAUGUUUUCUUCCAGGUGUUCCAGAAAUCCAGAAUUUAAAAAGAAAAACAUGACAAUAAUGCUACAUAACUUGCCAACACACAAUAUAUUGUAUGUACCUGUAGAGAGAAAUUGAAACCUACCUGGGGUAAAAAAAAACGAACUGAAUGCUUUUAGUCUAAAUAAGAACAUGGGGUAGUGGUACACUUCAGCCUCUUGUGGCCUAAAUGAAUAUUACAACAACAAAUAAAAAUAAUCGCCAGCUAAAACUUUUUUCUCACCUGUUUUUCGCAGAUGAACAAAAGCAACCAGGCGAAAAAUAGUAAACCUGUUUUUAAUUCAUGAUCACGAGAGAGAAAACAAUAUUGAGAAUGUAUCCCCAGAAUUAUUUCCCUCUCAAGGCUUCUGCGGGUUCAGCAUUGCUACUGUAAAAUAAUUCUAAUAAAAUCCCCACAAAUAACAACUUGCAUAUUUUAGCCCUGCCCUCAUUGGUCUGUGCACACCAUUUACUGUACAUAAUGUAUCUGUUUUCAGGUUCACUAGAAGACUUAUGUAGUUUUGUUCUCAAUCAAAAAUCUAAUUUGUAUAUGGUCAAAUUUGUCCACCUCAGUCCUUUGUUUUUGUUGUUGCUGUAUGAUAAUACACCCUAAAAUAUCAUGUUUCACUCUAGUUUAAAUUACUGCAAUGGGAAUUUCUUCCCACUUUUAUACCUCUUUUUGUUGUCAGUUUCUGUUUUUUGGAUUACAGAGAAAAUUGUAAAUUGUGACAUUAUUUAUACUGUACAUGGUUGUUUUGUUAUAUAUUUAUUGCAUAUCAAAAGUUACUUCACUUGAUAAGGGGCUACAAGGUAUUUUAAAAAUGUAGUAUGGUCAUAAUGAGUGGAUAGGGGAAGUGCAAUCAGGGGGGUGGUUCAAUUUUCAUGGUGCUAGACCCCUCCUUGCCUCAAUGCCCCCUCAUUAAACAACAUAGUGUAUAUGAACGUAAGUCAGUGAUACAACUCAACCGGUUGGUGCUUAGAUCCAUUUCAACACAGUUUGCUGGUUAACAGAAAUGGAAUGAUGUCUUUGUACUGUAACUAACAGAUAAAUACGAGAUCUUUUAAAAUGUUUUUCCAUUGUAUGAAAUUCAUAAUCUUGUGAGGCAUUAGUGGUUUUAUGAUGAGCAUUAGCAGUAGUUGUAAUUCUUGACACUUUUGCAGAGACUUUUUGGGAUGUGACUUUUACUGACGUCGAGGUUUCUUUUUUUGUGUGUCUUGUCCUCGUUAUCGGUAUUCUUUCAAGGAUGUAAUGAUGCUCUUUUUUUCCUCUUGACCUCUUGACUUGUUUGAUUUAUGCUGCACUUAUUGUUUUAAAAAAAAGAACUCACAUAGAAGAAAACCUGAGCCAGACCUGUCUUAAAUCCCUCUGUGAUUUUUCUGUGACAUAUUGUAUUGUUGUUCAAGAAAAUAAAAUGUUUUGAUAAAUUA